CUUAAAGUACGCAGCCACCGGCAAGCUGUUUCUGAACCAAAACAAUCAAUCUAGCUAAAUGAUUUAAGUUUAAUUUCGUUUCAAAUACUUGUUUGUACAUUAUUGUUGGAAUCAAUUGCAUUGCCAGAACUUCGACGAAACCCUAUCAUGAACGGAACAUCAAGCUCGCCGGGGCGUCCCAAGCGGAAUGUGACCAUUCGAGAUUACAGCCUGCUGUUCAAGCGACCACCGAACAUCCAGAAGACCAAGAGUGCUCGUGUUCCGAGCAGCGAAUUUUGGACGAAUCCGGAAGUUGCAGUCAAAGAGGAAGUGCCAUUUGUAGUCUACGAAACGGAUGCCAAUCUGAGCGAGGAAAUCGAUAUCAAACCGGAACUCGAAGACGGUUCCAGCGGUGCCGAGGUCGAUGCGACAUCGUUUUCCGAAGCUAUCGUAAAGGACGAACUUAUCAUAGAGGAUGUCUUGGAUGCCGUGGAGGAGGAGGAUGUUGAGUGGGUGGUGGAAGAAGGUCAGGUUGAGGACCGUCCAGCUCAGGACGAUGUUAGGCUUGAAAGCAACGUUUCAUGUGGGAAGGAACGUGUGGAUCUUAAAAGGCGUGGUCGACCGCCUAAAUCGAAAAAAAUAGUGAAAAGGGUUAAAAAGUCAGAGCUCGGCAAAUCCGAUGCCGAUGUUUUGAUCUCCAGCGGGCGCAAGUUCAAGCGAAAACAUCUGUGCGAAAUAUGCGGAAGAAAGUUUACCAACAGGAAGGGUCUCUCCGUUCAUAAGCAGGCCCACGCGAAGCGACAGCCUUCGGUGGUGGUCACAGAACCGCCGCAGGUUCCCACGCCGGAUAAAAGUGGCCUCUUCCAGUGUUCCGAAUGUUCGAAAAAGCUGACGUCGCGCGAAAAUUACGUUGCCCAUUACAAGUGGCACAUGUAUCUGAAACAGAUCGGCAUUGAGUGCAACGUCUGCGGUGAGUUGUUUGAAUUCCAGAAUACACUCAAAAUGCAUUUGAGAACACAUGUGAAAGAAAUUGACUCAAGCGUGAAGGUUGUCGAGGAUGAAAACGGAUUGUUCAGAUGUUCCGAGUGCAUGAGCACUCACGUUAGUCGAGUCAAUUGUAUCAACCAUAUCCGGACCCAUGCCAACAACUUCCGGUGUGCAACCUGUGGAAAGUUCUGGGAGUCGGAGAAGCAUCUUCGGAAGCACGAGAAGAUACACGAGAGAACACUCGCCAAUUCCAUCGUAGUCGAAACGAACGAGAACGGAUUGUUCAAGUGCAGCGAGUGCCCCAAAGUCUACAUCCAGCGAACUCUAUGCGUCAGCCAUAUGCAUCGCUUCCAUGGGAUAAAACCUUUUAAAAUCCAGACCGAGCCAACUCCUCCGGAAGGUGCCGAAACAUCAUCCAACAAAUGUCCAGAAUGCAGCAAAACAUUUACGAAUCCAGUCGCCUACGAUCAGCACAUGCGAAGACAUCGAAACGUCAGCGAAGGUCGCUUCAAGUGCAAGGAAUGCGGACAGAACAUGCCAACGAAGUCUAUGCUCGGCAGCCACACCUUAAUGCACCGGCGCCUCCGCCAAAAUCCGGACGGAAAUUUCACCUGUGUCAAGUGCGACAAAGACUUUCCCAGCUGGAAUUCAUUGUCUCGCCAUGUUACAUCGCACAAAAGGAUAACCAAAAAUUGUCUCUACAAGUGCAAGUUGUGUGAAAUGACCUACGUUUCGCUGCAAGCCCUGGUCAAGCACCGAUUGGUCAGCCAUCCUGGAGACGAUUUCGAUCGGGAAUCCACGAUCGUAACCGAGUUGCCAGCGGAGGACGGCCUGAGUACGUCCGCCACGGUUGAGCUAAAAUGUCCCGAGUGCGACAAAACCUACACGGACCGGGGGAAACUGCGAGUUCACCUAAACAAGCACAACAACAUUAGGGCUGGGCGGUUCCAGUGUAAGCACUGUGGACGGCGAUUUGGAGACAACCGUUCACUAAACCUUCACAAAAAGAAAGGAUGUGAGGAGGAGUCUACAGAAAAUUCCGAUGGCAAAUCCUGGGUCUGCGUAGAGUGCAACAAGACGUUUUCAAAUCCUUACACCUUUCAACAGCACAUUUACGCACAUAGGGUUGUGUCGGCAGGCAAAUACAAGUGUGAAACAUGUGAGAAGUGUUUCAAGGGAAAAUACGCGCUCACGAGACAUGAACAAAAUGCGCACCAAAAGAAGAUAAAGACUGAAGCAAAACAGUUGGUCAUAGACGCCAGAAAGUCGGAAGCAGAAAAGGUUCGCAAAGUUGUGGAAAAGGACGAAAAUGGCUUCUUUAAGUGUCCGGACUGUGACAAGCGCUUCAAGUACCGAUUGAAAUAUAUUAUCCAUGCUCGGCAACAUGUCGCUUUGAAGGAAGGAUUUUACAAGUGCAAAAUAUGCGAAUCGGCUUUCAAAUCAAGCGGCGAACGGAAGCAACAUGAACGUACCCAUGAGAAACACAAUUCCAGAAUGUUGGGCGACCCGUAUGCGUUGAUAUGUCCCGAAGCAACUCUGACGGAAGAAAGUGGCAUGUUCAAGUGUUCAGCAUGUGAGAAGACCUUUGAACAACGGCCCGAAGGUCUGCGUCAUGUCCUGAGGCAUGUCCAUGUAAAGCGAGAAAGGGUCCAAUGCGACUUGUGCCCUUUGACAUUUGCCAACAAAAAGUAUCUCGAAAAACAUCAAACAGAGCACGCGACUUCAAAGGACGUUACGGCUAGUGAAUCAACCAGCAGCGGUGGCUCGGAAGAUUCGGAAAAGGUUGAAGAAAGCGGGUUUAAGUGUACCGUUUGCAACAAGACAUUUUGGAACGAGCGUCGAUUCGAUAUUCACAUUCAAAGGCAUAAAGUUAUCAAGGAGAGCAGAUUUCCCUGCAAGCUGUGUGGUUUGCGCUGUGGAAGCACAGCAGAAUUAAGAAAACACGAGCAGACGCAUGCUAGGAAACAACAGCCCAUGCUUUUGUCUGGGGAGAAAGUGCCUCCGAUAAUUUUGGAAAGAAACAACCACACCGUUUACAAGUGUCCCGAGUGCGCCUUGAUAUUCACCAAACAGCGGGCCUAUUUCAUCCAUGCCCAAAACCACCUUAACGUCAAAAACGGAACCUUCAAGUGUGAAACCUGUGGUACCUGCUGCUCAAGCAGGAAGAAAUUGGCGUUGCAUAUGGUACAACAUCGAGAGGGAAAAGUUGUCACGCAAACACAGCCGGAUAAUCUUCUUUACGAAUGCCCCGAAUGUGGCAAAAAGUUUUCUCGUCGAGCUUACUUAAUCAAACACGUGCAGAGGCAUGAAGCCUUGGAAAAUGGCACUUUCCAGUGCAAGGUAUGUGCCAAGUUCUUUGGAUCUCGUGUUCUACUAAUCCGGCACGAAACGAUCCAUGAGCCCGUGGACAUCGAAGAACCAAGCUCGUUCUGUUACGAAACCAUGGUAAAGGAAGAACUUAUCAUCGAGGACGAGCUCGAGCCCUCACCCGAAAAAGAUGAUGGCCAGGAUCGAACUGCAGCAGACGAAAGCGACUUGGAGGACAUUCCGAAAUCCUCGAAAGGCCAGCCAAGCAACAAAAAAUGGCACUGUGAAAAAUGUAACAAGUCGUACCAUAGCUCAGGUGCUUUCAGCACGCACAAGACGCGCCAUAAAGCGUUUGAAACUGGCCGGUUCGCGUGUCAGCAGUGUGAAAAAUGUUUUUCGGACAAAAAUGCGCAAACGAAACAUGUACAAAAUGUGCACAGAGAGAAAAGAAGUAUCAAAGCAAUACAGUUGAAAUCGGAAGAUGAACGGGACUCCAAAGCUGAGGAAAAGGACGAAAAUGGCCUCUUCAAGUGUCCGGACUGCGAUAAGCGCUUCGAGGUCCGCAACAGUUACACUUCACACCUUCGGCAGCACCUUGCUAUGAAGCAAGAACGGUACAAGUGCAAGAUAUGCGAGUUGAUGCAAGAAUUCUCAGUGAAAACGGAAUCCGACUUCGAAAUGAAGUCCACACUGGAGGAUAGCCAAAACCACCCAGAAUCUAAAGAAACGACCUCUUUCUGUUACGAAACUGUGGUCAAGGAGGAAGUUAUCCUAGAAGACGAAUGUGUUCCAUCGGAAGUGGAGAGCGAGGAGCAACUUCCCUCUGGUAGUGAAGAAGACCCCAACAAAAAAAUCAUGGUUUGCGAAGAAUGCAACAAAUCGCACGCGGCCAUGAAGGAAGGCAAAUAUCAAUGCAAGAUUUGCAGUAUGCGACACGCAUCUGACCGCGAGUUGAAAAUUCACACAAAGAAGCACGAAAUGAACGUGGAAAUGCCGUCAGUUCCACCUCCAGUUAUAAUUGUAAGAAAUGAUCACAGUGCAUUCCAAUGUCCCGAGUGCGGUAUGGUGUUCACCGUCCGGCGUGCCUACAACAACCAUGCGCAAAGACAUAUAAAUAUACGAAAUGGCAUGUACAAGUGCGAUAUUUGCGAAAAGAUGGCCAAAAUCACGGUGAAAACGGAACCCGAUUACGAAAUGCACUCCACCCUGGAGGAUCAGCAAACGCAGCAGGAGGGAUCUGAGGAUAUGACUUCUUUCUGUUACGAAACUGUGGUCAAGGAGGAAGUUAUCCUGGAAGACGAAUUUAUUUCACCAGAAGAGGAGAGCGCCAGAGAGUGUAAUAAGGCAUUUGCCACGGAAAACAAAAGCCACAUCAAACGAGCUCACGAGAAACAUGCACAGAAGAGCUCGGAGGUUUCCGUGCUGGAAGAGGAUGGAGUCUUCAUCUGCAGUAAAUGUAACAAAACGCACGAGGCCAUGAAAGAAGGCAAAUAUCAAUGCAAGAUUUGCAGUAUGAUGGCCGAAAUUACGGUGAAAACGGAGCCCGGUUACGAAAUGCACUCCACCCUGGAGGAUCAGCAAACGCAGCAGGAGGAAUCUAAGGCCACGACUUCUUUCUGUUACGAAACUGUGACGAAGGAAGAAGUAAUCCUGGAAGACGAAUUUGUUUCGCCAGAAGAGGAGAGCGCCACCAAACAAGAUAUGUUUUGUGAAGAAUGCAACAAAUCGUUCACAAAUCGAGCGCUUUUCAGAACUCACAAGUAUAAACAUAAGGUUGUCAAAGAGGGAAAGUAUACCUGCCAAAUCUGCGAUAAGUGCUUUAGAGACAAAUAUGCUCUGACCAUUCACCUGCAGGGCAUUCAUCUGGUGUCCAAGCUCACUAAAAACAAAAAGAACGAAGAAUUGAACGAACCGGAUGUUAAACAGUUUCCAAAAACCAUCACGAACGAAAAUGGACAAUUCAAAUGCACCGAGUGUGACGAGAGAUUUGAGUUCCAGUACCUGCAGCAGCGACACAUUCGAAGGCAUUCGGCAUUGAAGCAAGGGUUGUACAAGUGCGAAGAGUGCAAUAAGGCCUUUGCUACGCCCAGUGAAAUCAAAAGUCACCUCAAACGAGCUCACGAGAAACAUGCACAGAAGAGUUCGGAAGUUUCCGUGCAGGAAGAGGAUGGAGUGUUUAUCUGCAGUAAAUGUAACAGGAAGUUUGAGGAGCGACACUUGUGCCAGCAACAUAUUUUGAGACAUUUGGCACUGAUGAAGGAACGGGUUUUCACUUGCUCCAAGUGUCCUAAGCGAUACACAGCCAAGCGGCAGUUGAUGAAACACGCAGAGAAGCAUAAGAAGAAUCCGUACCUGCCGUCAUUCGAGCCUCCCGUUGUAAUUGAACGGAACAACCACAGCGCGUUCAAGUGUCCGGACUGUGGCAUGGUAUUCACCGUUCGACGUGCGUAUGACAAUCACGCGCAGAGGCAUGUAAAUUUACGAAAUGGCACGUACAAGUGCGACAUUUGUGAGAAGGUGUGCGGAUCAGAAAACAAUCUGUACAAUCAUAUGCGGCGCCACCGAAUUGGCGAAAUAAAGGAAAUUUCUGAGCCGAGAGAUCUUCCGUUUGAUUGUCCCAAGUGUGAUAAGAAGUUUGGCAAGAAGCAUCUUUUGAAAAGACACACCAAAGUGCACGAGGCGAUAGAAAAGGGUCUCUACAAGUGCAAGACUUGUUUGAAGAUUCCGGUCAAGGAGUGCAUGGAGGACAAGUUCUUGGAGGAGAUUGAGAAGCUGGACUUUGAGUAUGAUCCGGAAUCGCAGCGGCUGUACAUUAACAACUGGAUGGAGAACACGACGCAUGGGGAGAUUACGGACCUGCUGAUUCCGGGCUCGAUCACGAAGAACACAAAGCUGGCUAUCGCCAAUGCUGCCUACUUCAAGGGAACCUGGCAGAGCAAAUUCAAGCCAGAGGAGACCAAGAAGGAGAUCUUUUACGUUUCGAACGAGCGCCAGGAGUUUGUCGACAUGAUGCACGUCGAGGGAACCUUCAACCAUGCCGCCACCGAUAAGCUCGGCUGCCACAUCCUGGAGCUGCCCUACACCGGCCAGGACGAAGCGUCCCGCGUUUUGAUGACAUUAUUUCCGCGUCCCGUCGACAUGAAGACCGUACUGGGCCGAGGCAUGGGCAAGCUGUUCGAAAAUUCGGCCAACUUCUCCGGCUUCUCGAAGAAAGUCCAGGUCGGCGAAGUGCUGGUAAAGUUCAAGAUCACCGUCAACGAGGAGGGCGCAACGGUGGCAUCCGCAACAGUCGAGUUCAGCUUCCGAUCGUCGCGACCUGACGAUCCAGCCAUGUUUCUCUGCAACCAUCCGUUCAUCUUCAUGUCGAACACACAAAAGUCAGAAAACUCGAAGGAGAAACCCGAAGGCUCGUCGUUCUCCUACGAAACCGUUGUAAAGGAAGAGCUGAUCAUCGAGCACGAGGAUGGACCGUUCGGCGAACCGGAUUCACCGGAGCCGGACAAUUCCAGCGAGGAAACUGCAAAGAUUGAUAGACGACGAAAGUUUGAAACCUUGCGCUGUGAAGAUUGCGACAAAACUUUUACAAACAAUUUCACGUUUUACACGCACACCCUGAGGCAUAGGAAUCUCAAGGCUUGCAAAUAUUUCUGUGAAUAUUGCAAACAGUGCUUCGGAUCACGUGCCGAUCUGGGCAAUCAUAAGCUGACCCACGAAAAGAACGAGGCCGCCAUGACGGAUUACACGCUCGCGAAGCAACGCCCCUCUAUCGACGUCCGGGAAGAGGGUGGCCUGUUCAAAUGCUCCGAAUGUGGCAGUGCCUUUGAGCAACGGUUCAUGUGCGUGCGGCACAUCUGGAGGCACAAUUUGCAGAAGCCGGAGUUUUUUGUGUGUGGGACGUGUCAGAAGCAAUUCAAUAAGAGGUCCAAUCUGGUGCGGCACGAAGCAAUGCACGAGAGAGAAAAAGCGGAACCUCCGAAGCCGAAGAAACCGCCCAAAUUUCAUUGUGAUAAAUGUCAAAGGAUGGACCAGAAAAUGCCGGGAGACGAACCAGAAUUUGAAACAGAAGUCAUUGUUAAGCAAGAGCUAAUUCUUGAUGACGAUGAGUUGGUUCCUUUGGAAGGAGAAGACGAAAUUCCACCUCCAAAGUGUCCAUUAAAUGUGUUCAAAUAUCGGUGCAAAGUUUGUGAUAUAUCAUUUGCAAACAAAAAUCAACGGAAGUCCCACGUACGAACCCAUCAUAAACCAUCAAUUUUUACGUGCGCUAUUUGUCCAAAGACCUUCAAGGAGAGGUACCUGCUCGCCAAGCACGAAAGAGCUCACGAACGAUCCAACGAAAAGGUCAUCUCUGAAUUCCCGUGCCAACAUUGCAACAAAGUCUUUCAGGUCCUCUAUCUCUACAAGCGACACUUGAGGACGCAUGGUGCGGUCCGUUUCCGGUGCAGCGUCUGUCCAAAGUCCUAUAAAGGCCGUACAACGCUGAAGAAUCACGAGCAGGUCGUUCAUAACAUUGUUGCACCAGUAGCUGACAGUCCUAAGCCCGAUCCGGAUGAUCCGAAUCACUGUAAGGAGUGCGGUAAAACUCUUCUAACGAGAAAGAGUUUCGUUGACCACAUGCGAAGGCACAAAAACCUUAAGGAAGGUGUUUUCAAAUGUAUUCCAUGCAAGAGGUCCUUUAGUAAAAACUACUUACUGGUGCUGCACGAGAAUCGUGUUCAUAAUAAAACUAACGCUGAACUGGACGAACUCGUGGAGAUUCAGUGUAAGCUAUGCAACGAAGUGUUCCGUUCUCAAACGCCCCAUUCCGACCUGAGCAGGCAUCAGAAGGAAGUUCAUAGGGUUUUGAAAGGAACUGUGAGGAACGUGGAAGGGCAGUUCGUGCCAAACCAAGACUUCCAACCCGAAGCAAUCGUGAAGGAAGGGCAGUUCGUGCCAAACCAAGACUUCCAACCCGAAGCAAUCGUGAAGGAAGAAUUGAUCAUCGACGAUGUGUUCCAGCCCUGUGAAGAAAUUGAAGAUCAGGAGUUGCCACAGGUGGAUGGUCCCACGGAACCGCAAUCAUUUCACUGCCCGGUAUGUGAUAAAUCAUUUACGUGUAACAGAAAGUACUACACGCACCAACGAAGGCACAGGGAUCAAGCUUACACGUGUAUCACUUGCAAGAAGUCCUUCAAGGAAAAGUUCGAGCUCGAUCGGCACGUCAAACAGGUGCACCGGGAGCGACCGAAGCGCGCGCCUCCUGCGAUGAAAUUCCACUGCUCCGAGUGUGCCAAAACGUUUACGCUGGAAAAGCUGUACAAGAACCACAUGGUGCGACAUGGGGAGCGCAAUUUCAAGUGCACCCUUUGUCCCAAGUCGUUUGUCCUAAAAUGUGACCUGCGAAAGCAUGAGAAAAGUGGUCAUAAGGUCUUCAAUAAAGAACCUACGGAUUGCGCUGAAAGUAAGAUGGUGGAUCCGGCUCUUCAUUGUGUGGAAUGUAAUAAAUAUUUUAUCCAGAGAGACACCUACUUGAAUCACGUGAGAAGGCAUAGAAGGCGAAAGGAGGGCGCGUUCAGGUGUGAAGCUUGUCAGAAGGUAUUUACUAAUAACUACGAGAUGACUCUACAUGAGAAUGGAAUUCAGCAUAAGAAUAACGUGAAUGAUCCGGUCAAGUGUGAUAUUUGUCAAUUGAUUCUUUCAUCAAGACGCAAGCUUGAACGGCACAAAAAGGAAUUCCAUCUCCGCUCCUCCUCUGCAUUGAAUGAUAAUAUCAAGCAAGAAACCGUGAUUGUUCCAGCUGAUAUGCAACAUAUUGGUGUUAAGAAAGAGCCAGAUGAAUCACCUUUCAAUCCAACGUAAAUUCAAAAAUGAUUUCUAAUAAAAUAAAAGAAAAUAAACAAGAUUCGAGGUCUCUAAG